AUGCCCGUAAGUAAGGAAGACAGAGAGAAAAGUGUGAGGAGGCCUGAAAACAGUGUCGUUUUCAAUGAUUUUAGCGAUGAAUAUGUAGUGUCAAACGAACUGGAUACUGGUGCACCGCCUGCCGCAGCAGAAAAUGCAGCCAGUGCAGAAGCGGCAAGGUGUGCUGAGGUAAGAAGAAAGCUGCAAAGCAAAACCCAAGCAGAGGCGUGCAAUCUGGCAGAAGCCCACAGAAAAGGCAGCUGCGAGGAAGGGCAGGAGGAUGUCUACAAAGAGAUCCAAAAGGUCAAAAAGACAGUAGCCCGGCUGAGCUCUAUUUUGUUUAAAAUCACAAAGGGGAGGCCUCUGGAAGCAAAAGAGCCCGUUCAAGCGCCUUUGUCAAGCCCUGCAAAAGGCACGAGUGCCCUGGAAGAUGCCGAUCUAAGGAAAAAAGUCUUUGUGCUGGAGGAAGACCUGAAGAAGGCCAAUGUAACUAUAGGCAUUCAGAACACCCAGAUAGACAUAAAACAGAAAAAAAUAGACAGGCUGGCUGAGAUGGUGGAAAUUCUGAAAGAGAGCACAUACCUUUGCAGAAAGCCUGAAGACGGCAGAAGAGUGCAGGAGGCCUCGGGUGAGGGCGAGGGCCAGGAGCUCAUGGCACAAGCUCUCUCUGCGAAGUUGCACAACGCGCUGGCUAUUUCAAAGACUGAGCUCUCCAAAUAA